AUGCCUUGGUCAUCGUCGACGCCGACGGACGAACAAGGAAGGAAAACCCUUCCGGCACAGGCCGUCUCACCUGGUACAGAGGACCGAGAGAACGGCACUGCUGCGGGCGGGGCGCACAGGGAGUGGAGAGCGCCCGACAAGUCCAUCGGGCACGUGUACGUGCGGUGGGGGAGGGAGAACUGUGGUGAAAACGCCGAGACUAUCUAUUCCGGUGUUGUGGGGAGUGGUUAUUACCACCACCACGGAGGAGGAAGUGACCACCAGUGCCUGCCCAUGGAAGGUGUGGAGUGGAACAACACAGUGGCUGGCUAUCAGCACCGUAGCUACAUGUACGGGACAGAGUACGAGGUUGAAAGUGAUGGGUAUUUCUCUACAGACAACAUGGGGUCCAUCACCAUCCCUGAGGACUAUGACGUCCCCUGCUCGGUGUGUCAUGUGCUUCGGUCCGCACACGUCAUGAUCCCCGCUCGCCUGUCCUGUCCCACGGACUGGAUUAAGGAGUACAGCGGGUACCUGAUGUCAGAAAAGCACGACCACAACGGCAACAAGAACUUCAUCUGUGUGGACGGAGCUCCUAAUAUAAGGGCGGAAACCUCUACCAGUAACAGCGCAGCCCAUCUAUACCUGGUGGAGGCGUCAUGUGGCUCUCUUCCAUGUGGGCCCUACAUCAGUGGCUAUGAGCUGACCUGUGUGGUCUGCACCAUGUGA